UGAAAAUGGAAAAAGCAAUAUUUAGCAAGCAUAAAUAGAGAGGUGGAUUUAUACUCAUAUUCACAGGCUACAUACAUUCCAUUCCCAACUUUAUAGAUUAACCAAUCUAAGAGAUGCCACAAGACACAAGUAUCCUCUCAGUCAUACAUAGCCUUCAAAGAAUAAUCUUUGUUCAGCCCCUUUCAAGCAAUUAUCCAAAUCAAAUUGACCCUUGACAAAUCUAGUUCUGUAAAUGUCCACUGAUUUGACAAUUGACAUGAAUGUACAUUAUUAAGUAAGUACUGAUUCAGCUUCAAGAGUUCACCCAAACACUUCAACAAAAAUGAGUUCAUUACCUUCUGAUGCUUUCAAUAUGAGAGUCACAGAAGAUGGAAAUCUUCAUCUUGAAGAUACUCAUCAAAUAGAUAGGACACAGUGGAUGCUAAAUUCUCCAAAUCCACCUCCUCUAUGGAAAAAACUCAUUACUCCACUUAAGAAUAACAAGCUCUUUUCUUCAUCCAAGAAAAGAACUUGCCAUGAACAUGUUGUUUCUUUCUUUAGUGGAUUAUUUCCAAUACUUAGCUUGUUCAAAAACUAUGAUGCUUUCAAGUUUAAAGAUGAUUUCCUAGCAGGUUUAACUCUUGCUAGCCUAAGCAUACCUCAGAGUAUUGGUUAUGCUAAUUUAGCAAAACUUGAUCCUCAAUAUGGCUUAUACACAAGUGUGGUUCCUCCUCUUAUCUAUGCUGUGAUGGGGAGUUCAAGAGAAAUUGCAAUUGGACCUGUAGCCGUAGUGUCACUGCUGCUAUCUUCCUUAUGUCACAAAGUGGUUGAUCCAGAUUUAAAUCAUGAUGGUUACAGAAAUUUUGUCUUUACUGUAACAUUAUUUGCUGGAAUUUUUCAAGUUGCAUUUGGAGUUUUCAGGUUGGGAUUUCUUGUGGAUUUUUUGUCACAUGCUGCACUUGUAGGAUUCAUGGCAGGUGCAGCCAUCAUGAUUGGUCUGCAGCAGCUUAAGGGGUUGCUUGGGAUUAGUAACUUCACCAACAAAUCUGAUGUUGUUUCUGUUUUGGAAUCUGUUUAUAAGUCACUCCAUCAUCAAAUUCCAUCCGGAGAAUGGUACCCUCUGAAUUUUGUCAUUGGAAGUUCAUUUCUGAUUUUCCUUUUGUUUGCAAGAUUUAUGGGAAAAAGAAACAAAAAGCUUUUCUGGUUGCCAGCUAUUGCUCCUCUAGUGUCAGUUAUAUUAUCAACUUUUAUUGUGUAUAUAUCCAAAGCAGAUAAAAAUGGGGUUAAUAUAGUAAAACAUGUCAAAAGAGGCAUUAAUCCAAGCUCAAUUCACCAAUUACAACUCAAUGGUGAACAUGUUGGAGAAGCAGCUAAAAUUGGAUUGAUUUCUGCUGUUAUUGCUCUCACUGAAGCAAUGGCUGUUGGUAGAUCUUUUGCUUCAAUUAAAGGAUACCAUCUUGAUGGGAACAAAGAAAUGUUAGCAAUGGGUUGUGGUAACAUUGCAGGAUCUUUUACUUCAUGCUAUGUUGCAACUGGUUCAUUUUCAAGAACAGCAGUAAAUUUCAGUGCAAGAUGUCAAUCAUCAGUAUCAAAUAUUGUGAUGGCUAUAACAGUGAUUCUGUGUUUGGAAUUGUUUACAAGGCUGUUAUAUUACACACCUGUGGCUAUACUUGCUUCUAUAAUCCUCUCUGCACUUCCAGGAUUAAUCGACAUAAGAGAAGCUUGCUAUAUAUGGAAAGUUGACAAAUUUGACUUCCUUGCUUGCAUUGGUGCUUUCUUUGGUGUCUUGUUUGUAUCAGUAGAAACUGGUCUUCUUGUUGCUGUAUCAAUCUCGUUUGCAAAGAUAGUAAUACAAUCAAUUAGACCUGGGAUAGAAGUUCUAGGUAGAAUUCCAACAACACAAGCCUUCUGUGAUGUUAGUCAAUAUCCCAUGGCUACAAGCACUCCUGGAAUCUUGGUCAUUCGUAUAAGCUCUGGCUCACUCUGCUUUGCAAAUGCCAAUGUUGUAAGAGAAAGAAUACUCAAGUGGGUUACUGAAGAAGAUGACCUUAAAGAAAGUCAAACUACUAAGGGGAGAGUCCAAGCUGUAAUAUUUGACAUGACUAAUUUGAUGAAUGUUGAUACUUCUGGAAUUAUAGUACUGGAGGAACUGCACAAGAGGUUACUCUCCCGUGGCAUAAAAUUUGCUAUGGUGAAUCCAAGGUGGCUAGUAAUUCACAAGCUUAAAGUGGCACACUUUGUGGAUAAAAUUGGGAAAGAAUGGGUUUUCCUUACUGUUGCUGAAGCUGUGGAAGCAUGCCUAUCUUAUAAAUUUGCUGAUCCAUGAUUUCAUGGGUCUUUUUUUUUUUUUUUUUUUUUAUAUCUAUAGUGUAAUUUUUACGGUACAAUUUUAGGCGCUAAGAGUUGUGUAUUAUAUGUUUUGAGAGUUUCUUUUGUCAUCUUGUAAACUUCACGUGUGACCUAUUCUAGAUUCUAAAAUCUGAAAAAAUGGAGGUUUUUUGAACGUA